UAGUUAUAAUAAUUAAUAAUUAAAUUACAUUAUUCGGUCAUUUAACAAUUAUUCGUGAAUUUAGCAGAUCGAUAUUAUUAUAACGAAAUUAUGGUAUUAUACACAGUUUUGAUUUUGUAAUAAAGAAACUAAGUAAAAUCUUUUGUAAUAAACGAAAAUAUAGUUAUAAUAUAAUUAUAGAUUCAAAUUCAGAAACAUGAAUUAAGAUUACAAUAUAUGUAUAAUAAUAUAAUAUAUAUAAUAAAGUAUUUUUUUUUUAUAGAUUGAUGACUAGUGAUAACAUGGGAAAUUUCGUUCUGCCAUUUAAUUUGAGGCCGGAACUAUAUUAUCAAUUGAUAAUUUUUAAUCACUUUAUCCAAUAUUAUUCACGAUUGGUUUUGGCCGGUGGAUUUAGGAACACACAAUGUAUUUCCGACACAAUUUUAAACAAACAAAUAAUUAAACCAAUGAAUCUUGAAUACUUUGUUUCUAAUUUCGGGUUGGUGGCAGUUCAAAAUGAUAAGAGCUGAAAUUCUUAUUUAAGCAACCAUCACAAUUUUAGGGGAUACCUAUGUCACAGGCAUUUUAACAUUUACAGAUUUAGUAUCCCGUAUGGAUGUAAACUAUUUUUGCUGCCUGAUAAAUACGAAUGAUAAUAAAAGCCGAUAGUAUUCUUGUCUAUGUAGUGUGUAGUAUGUAGCCGAGUGCAAUGAAUGAUAGUUAGAAAAUAGGAAUUUAUAUUUCUGAGGGUAUAAAUCUAUGAUCAAGUAUAAUUUUAUAAUUCCGGUCGAAAAAUUAUGCUGGUUGUUCUACAAUUUCAAGUUGAUUUUAAUCAUGGUUAAAAAUAAAACUAGUAUAAUCAUCAGAAAUAAUAAUACAUAAUUACUCGUCUACAUUAAUUCUUAGAUUUAUUUUUUAGAUAAUAUGACUUUUAUUUGCGAAAAAUGUGGUUCAAAUUUUGUAAACAACUACAGUUUAAGCCGGCAUCAAUCUACGCGCCAUCUGGAAAAUGGUGAAGAUGUUAAAAAUAAAUUUGUAAGUAACUACACAAUUUUAAGUAUACAACAGUGUUUUUGUUUCAUGAUUCAGCAAUUAUCAUCAAAUCUUUUGACAAAAAUUGAUUUUAGUUUUUACAAUUAAUUACCUAACUUAUUUACAACAUAGAUAUCAACCCCUCUAUUUUCAAACUUAAUUCAAAAUCAUUAAAAAUACAAUUGGAAUUUGUCACCUAGUAGGUUUAUACCUUUCUGAAGGGAAUGAUAUUAUGAGCCCUCUGUUCAAAAUUAUAACCAUAUGAAUACAUAUAUAUAUAUGUAUAUAAUGGAUUUAUAUAACUCAGAUUUAUUUGUAUUAGAAAAACCCAAAUAUGUAUAUGUAUGUAUAUAAUAUAAAAUUGCUUUAUACGUAAUAAAAAAAAAAAAUUAAAAAUUGCUUUAUAAAUGACAAAAACACUUUGAUUGAAAUUAUUAUGAAAUUGAACCUUAUUCAUCUUGAUCUUCAUAGCAAUGAAAUACCAUAUACAUCCUCAAAUUGUCAAAGUUAAAUGCUCUAUAGUUUGAUUGUAACAGAUUUGUAUUUAACUAACACUCUACUUCAACAGAAGUAAUGUGUGCAAGUUUCAUAUUUGGAUUGUCCAAUGGAGUAAGCUCAGCCUGCAAUAUUAUCCCAUUCUAUUCUGCUAUGGAUAUCUUAACUAUUUUUUUAUAGUAUUGUUUUGUUUAUGUAUUUUUAGAAACAUGGAAAAUUAUCCGUAUUGAAAAAUAUAAUUGGUAAAAAAUAGUCUUAUAUGAACAAACUGUUUAAAUAUGUAUGAAAAAUUGAAAUAUUUAGAAGUAUGUAAAAACAUAUAUUUAUGGCGAAAUAUGUAAGAAUAUGUAAAAUCAAAUAAAAUUAAUUUCAUUGAAAAUCGCCUUACAUGAAUUUAUCACUUACCUAAAUUAAUUUAUCAAGUCACAGUAAAUAUAUGCAUUUACAUAUAAAUCUGAGCUCUAUAUGUAAUUUAUAAAUGGUAUAUCUAAUACUAAUGUUGUUAGUAUUGUGCAUAAAAAAAUUCUUUUUUUCACAUUGAUAUUGAAAAAGGAAGAGGGUGUUUGGUAUUUUAAAAUCAAAAGUUAAAACACAGUUAAGAAGUUAAAAUUUAAAAAUAGUGUUAGAAUAAACCAUUAACAAUAAUUGAAAAAACCUACAUACCUACUAGACAAUAUUUUAUUGGGAUCAUCAGUUUUUACUAGUAAAUUUUAUCUUAAGUGUUAUAUGUUUCAUUAAAAAUCUAUAUAUAUCUUACAAAAUUGUUAAUUAUUAUUUAUUUAGGUACCUAUCACCUAUUAGUGACAAUUUGUAUAAUUUUAUAUUAUUAUUAUAUUUAACAUUGUUUUACUUAAUAUUUUUUUAUUAACAUAAAUUUAAUUGGGAUAAAUGUAUAGGAAUGUAAUGAUUGUAAAGCAAAGUUCAACCGAAAAGAUAUUCUAGUACGCCAUAUAGAAAUUCGACAUAUGAGCAAACGUCAUUCUUUCGUAAGUAUAUUAUAAAGAAAUCAUAGAACACAUUCUAUUUAUUAUAUAAAUUUGUUGAAACCCGUAACUUAUUUUAUGUCGAAUAAUUUAGGAAUGUCCUCAAUGUUCAAGGAUAUUUUUAAACAAAUAUAGUCAAACACAGCAUAUUCGUUCUAUACAUGGUACUAAAAAUAUUACUCGUUUUAAAAAUAAACAAUUUUUUGGAGAGUGUAAGGUAAAUAUUUUUAUAUACUUAACUAUGUUAUUAUUUUAUAAAAUAUAAACUAGUAAUAUAAGGUAGAGAGAUCUAAAAGUUAAAAUGAAUAUCCAAGAUUAUUUGUAUUAUUAUUAUUCUUUAUAAGAAUACUACAUUUACUACUAUAACAUUUUAAUAUAUCUAAUUCAUUAUUUGUUUGAAUAGGUUUGUAAAAUUUGCAUGAAAGAAUUUGUGAGUUUUGAAGAGCUGAAAUUUCAUAAGAAAAAUGUCCAUCCAAAACAGAUGCAAGCAAUUCUUAAAGGGAAUAAUUAUUUUGUAAGUAAUGUAAUAUGUCUAAUAAUUUAUUUUUAAAAAUUACAUAAAACAUUUUGAGAAUAUUAUAGGAAUGUCAUGAUUGUAAUAAAAAAUUUGUUCGGAAAUAUACUUUAAGACGUCACCUAAAAGUUGUACAUUUAUUAGAUAGAGAUAUUUUUGUAAGUAUGAUGUUAAAGAGAAUUAUCAAUAAUUUAUAUAUAUAUUAUAUAUAUUUAUAUGGUAAUUUUUUUUACCUUGAACCAACAAUUUUCUUAGAGAAUUUCAAUUGAAUUUGAUUUUUAUUUUUUUUUUCCUCUAAAUUAUGAAACCAUUUAAGCUUUAUUAUAACUCUAAUUUAAAUUUUUAAUCUCUACUCCUUAGCCCUGAAAUGAGAAUCCAUUUUAGAUUUUAAAUUAACAACCCUUCCCCUUUUAAUUACAGAUUACAAAAGACAAUAUUUAUUAAGAAAUUUGAUAUACAUACAUUAGUAUUAGAUUUAUCAUUUAAGAGUUUACAAGUUUAAAGUUUAAAUCGAAUGUAUAGAUAAGAGUUGUCUAUUUAUCGUUUAAAAUAGAUCUACAAUUUAUUACCAAUUCAUAGUCCGGUCUGAACUUUAAACUGUUAUUACUCUUAGACAGAAAAUUUGUUAUUUGUGGUAUGUAUACCAAAAUGUCUAAAAAAAUAUUCUCUAUAUCAGUGGUUUUCAACCUGUGCAUUGUUGUUUAGUAUAAGAAAGCCACGUCUAUAUUAAAUAUAGUAGAGUAUUAUAAAUGUAUUUAUUUAAAUUUGUAUUAUUAUCAUUAUUUGUAAGGGAGCCAAUAAUUUGGUUUUCAAAAUCAGAAGAGCUGGACUCAAAUAGAUUGACAACCACUGUUCUAUUUAAAUCUGUGAUUAAAUGAGGGAGUGUUGCUAUUUAAAAAUCCAAAAUGAAUACAGUUAUAUUUAUACCCUAAGGUUAAAGUUGAAAAUUAAAAAUAACAUUAAAAUAAAUCCUAAACAAUCACAGAAAAUUGUUGGUUUAUGAUAAAAUAAUCAUUAUGUAUACAUAGUAUGUCUUAAAUUUUUUAGGAAUGUGCUUAUUGUUCAAUGAAAUUCACUCGGAAAAAUGAUUUAAGUAGACACAUAAUCUCAAAAGAAAAUACAAAUCCUAAAGUAAUUAAAUUAAUAACUGAUAUCAUUUUGCUAUUAUUGUGGCUACUUAUUCUACUAUUAUUUUAAUGUUAUAAAUUGCAGAUAAAACAUUUUAAGUGCCUCAUGUGUGAACAAUCAUUUAGUACAAGAAGCCUUAUAAAUGAACACUACCAAAAAUAUCACAAUAUUGAUUUUGUAUAUGAUCAUUUGAAGUUCACAUCUUUGAAUGAAUUUGAGAAAUGGAAAAUUGAUGUAGAACAAAAAUGUUUUAUUCAGUUUUCUGUAGCUAUAUCAUGGAAAACUAAAAUGUUCACUGUAAAGCAAUAUGUAUGUCAUCGUUCAGGAGAAAAACGUUUAAAAUCUGCACCAAAAGUUAUUCCAAAACUCAUAGGUUCUAAAAAAUUGGGUGGUAUUUGCCCUGCAUUAAUAACUACAAAAAAAUCUAAAAUUGAUGGUAUGUGUUCAGUUGUGUAUCAAAAGAUACAUAUUGGCCAUCCCUGUGAUAAAUCAGAACUACCUUAUAUGAGUUUAAACGGAGAAGUGGUGAAUAUUACACAACAAUAUAAUUUUAAUAAACCUUUUCCUAUGCUAUAUUAUAAUCAUAAUAAUACUGCAAGUUUUGUUUUAAAUAAUCAGAAUUCAAUACUUUUUUACAAAGCAAAAGGAAUUAAAGAUAAUGAGUUUCCAACAUUAAAGAAAGAAGAUUUUGCAUUAGGAUAUAUGAAUGAAAAUCAAGAGCUAAAAUUUAAACGUCAUGGUUAUAAAACAAUUUGUUUUGAUGGUACAUAUGGAAUAAAUUCAAAUGAUUAUAUUUUACAUACAAUAUUAGUAGCAGAUGUAGACUCUGAAGGUUCUCCUGUGGCCUUUUUACUAACCAAUAGGAAUGAUGAUGUAGUAAUUAGUGUUUUGCUUGAAAAAAUCAAAAAUCGACUGGGUACUAUAUCACCAAAAUCAAUCAUGUCUGAUAUGCAGAUGUUUUAUUUUAAUAGUUGGAUUAAUACAAUGGGCCCUGUAAAACAUUCACUAUUUUGCUUGUGGCAUGUACACAAAGCAUGGCUUAAAAACUUAUCCAAGAUAAAAAAUAAAGAGAAGAAAAAAGUUGUCAUCAAAAUUCUUUAUGAUCUUUCUACAGAAUUAGACAAAGAUAAAUUUCAAAAAAAACUACACACUUUUAUCUCAAAUAAUGAUGAUGAUCUACAAUAUUUUUUGGAUUAUUUUUUCCAAAAUUUUGCACAAAAUCAACAUUAUUGGGCAUACUGCUAUAGACAAAAUGACAGUUGUAACAUAAAUUUAGAAAGCUUCCAUAGAGUAAAACAAAAAAUUAGAGGUAGAUUAAAAGUUGAAAGUAUAUAUGACUAUUUGUUUUAUUUGGAAAAAUACUUGACAAUGAAAGAAAAUGAUUUACAAAAAAAACAAAUAUGUUUUAAACGUACUACUAAGUUAAAGCUCCUUCGUGCAAAUCAUAAGAAAGUGGAAAAGCAAAGUGAAUCAAAAAACAUAGUCAUCAAAUCAUCCAGCUGUAAUUCUUGGCGUGUUCAAUCUUUCACUGAUGAAAAUAUUAUCUACAAUGUACUGAAAAGUGAAAUAAGAGAAUGUACAAUGUAUGAAGAUAUGAUUUGUCUACUUCCUUGUACAAAAUGUAAGACAUGUUUCCACAAUUAUACAUGUAGUUGCCAUGAUCAGUCUAUUAAAAAUAAUAUGUGCAAGCAUAUUCACGCCGUUGGAAUGUACCUCCUCAGCAAAAACCAGAUAGUACAUGUAGGUGAAGAAAGGAUGCAAAUAGCAAACACAGAUGUAGUCCAGACAAGUAUGGCAUACAAAAAUAAUGAACCGAUGGAAACAACCCACAUGGAACACAAAGUACACCAAGACAAUGGUAAUUGGUACAAUUAAUUUUAAAGUGCUUUAGAUUCUGAGCAAAGAACAGAAUGUAUUCGUUAUAUUAUGAUAUGGGUUUUUUUCUAAAAACUUUUUUUUUUCUAUUAGUUAACAUUAGGGAUAGUUUUAGAUUUUGAGUGGACCGAAGAAGAUUAUGUUUUUACAAAGAUAUUUAUUUUUUUUUUUUUUUUUUGUGGGCAAUUUUUUUACUUGAAGACUUGCUCCUUACUUUUACAUGUAGCAACUUUCCUGAAAGGAAAUUGGUGUGAGGAAGAAUCUUAAAAAAGGUCAUUUUUUGAUUUCCUCUCGAGUUUUCUCAUUGAAUACGAAAAACUGAAAACCAAAAAUGGGAAAAUGUACGAAAUAUAUUUUGAUAAUGUUACAAUAUUUUUUUCUAUGGACAACUAUUCUACUCGCAAUUUUGCUCCAAUUGUUAAUGAAGAAAAUUUUUCAAAAAAGAAAUUUCACUGAGGAGGUCAUUUUUUGAUUUUUUCAAGAGUUUUCUCAAUAAAUUUGAAAAACCGGGAUAAAACAUAGGAAAAACUUAAGAAAACUGGAAAAAUCGGUACAAAAUUAAACAAAUAUUAUUAAAGAAAAUUAUAGAACCUAUUUAAUUAUUUUUCUAUUAUAUGGUAUAUAUUGUUGACAAACUAUCAGUAUCAACUGAACUUCACUGAGUAUCGUUUUUUUUCGUAAUCAAUGGUUUAUAUUGUUGCUUACAGGUAUCUAUUAUAUUACCUAUAACAGUAACUGAACCCGUCCCCAUUAUCUUAGGACAUUUUUUUUAUAACAAAUUUUGUCGAAUUCGGAUGCUAAUUUUGAUUUUCUAUGUAGUUGUCUUAAUGGAGUACAUAAUUUAAAAAAACAAAAUUUUUUAAAAUUAUUGUAGUUAGAACUAUUAAAAACAACUUGGUCAAAAUCCAAUAUAAAACAUAUAGUACCAUGAUUUCUGAUGGGAAACAUAAUUUGUAAAAAUUAAAAAUAAUGAAAUAUUUGCCAAUUUUUAUUUCACAAAAUUUUUGGUUUUACCCAAAUAUUAUAAAAACUGCUUGAAAGAUUAAAAAUUGAAGAAAAUUCCCUCGGUAACUAUAUCCAAUAUUCAACAAAAGAAUUAUCUUAUCAUUUUUCGACAUGAAAAAAAAAACAGUAAAAUAAAUAAAACCUGCUACGUUCUGAAUCUAAAUCAAAAUUUAACCUAAUGAUAGUGUUAUUUAAACUUUCUAAUUUUUCUAUUUUUAUUCUCAGUUUUACCUAAUUAUUAAGGUACUACAUGAAAUUUCAUACUUCUGAGCUAGACACAAUUUUUCUUUUAAAAAUUUCUACUCUUAAAAUUUCAAAGCAAUAUUUCUAUUAGAAUAAAAAAUUUAAAUAAUGAAAUUGUUAAUGCCUUAAAUUUGUUUCUUUUAUUUAUUUUUUUUCAAGUUUUUUUAAUUACUAUACAUACUGGUUAGAAAAUCAAAACACAACAUCUCUAACUCACCAACUAUAUUUAAAAAUAACAUUAUGUCAUUAAGCUUUUGAGCUAUGUGUCCCGUUCUUCUCAAAUAACGCAAAAAUGUUCUGUUUUGAAAAAAGUGACUAUGUCAUGAAAUGUAUUUUCUUGAAAAAGUGCACCUAUUUAUUGAUCACAGCACAAAAAACUAUGGCUGUCAAAAAGUAAACCACAGUAAAUAACAUUUUACAAAUUGUACAAUUGACCGUUUUAGUAAUUUGUCUAAUGCAGGUCGUUUAUGGGUUAUUGCAAUUCCAAAGGUAAUACAGAUUGUUCAUCCAAGUGUGUUAUAUUAAAAAAUCUGUGCAGUUUAAUUUUCAAAUACCUAUCAAAAAAUAAAAAAACUAUAACAAUAUUAGUUCUUUUUUUUUAUUAUUCUACAGCCAAAUUUAAAAUUACUUGCCGAGGGUGAGUAGGUUUUAUUUAUUUUUGUGUCUGUAAACAACUUUUUGUAAAGAAAACUUGCUUCAAUAUAUUAACUGAAGCAAUUUUUCUGAAAAGAAAUUUUGUCUAAUUUAUAUAAUAUUUUAAAUUUAUUUGGCGAGUUAGAAAUUUGUUUUUUAAUUUUCAUGUUGUUUUCAUAAUAAUUAGAAAAACCAAAGAAUAGGCUGUUCUAGUUUACAACCCAAACUUAUUUUUCUAAAUUUUUUUUCCAAAAUAUGUGAUUUUAGAUUCUGAGUGUAGCGAAGGUUAGAUAAGGUUUUAUUAAAGUGUUUACUUUUUUUUAAAUUUUUUUACCCUGUGUACAAAAAUUUGACUAUAAAUUUUACUCAGAUAUAUACGCGCGGCAUCAUUUCUGAAAAGGAAUGUUGUCCAAAUGGUACUUUUGGAGGUUAGUUUUUGAUUUUCCAAGCGGUUUUCAAAUCUAGAAAAAACCAGGAUAAAACUUAUGAAAAACUGGAAAUUUACAAAAAUAAUGCUUUCAUUAUUCUUCAAUUUUAUUAUUUGUUGUAAUUCAGUUAAAAAUAUUCGUAGACUUGAAAUUAGGACAGAAAAUUUAUAUUUGUCUUUUCUAAACAUGGUAAAAUUUACCAUUUUUGAGGUAUUUAUAGACAUUUUAAUAUUGCGAGUUUUGUACCGAAUAUUUAUUUGGUAGGUACUCUGUGGUAAAAAUGGUUAAACUGGUUAAACUUGCCCAUUGAAGAACUCAAAUUUAGAUUUGAAGUUCGGUGUCAACGAGUGCUCAAUCAUUAAUGAGUGUCAUAUUAAUUCAUAUUAUUUGACAUAAUGCGGCUUAUGUCAAAUAAUUCUCACUGCUUAAUUAUAAAAUAAUUAUUAUAGAUAACUAGAAGGUUUAAAUUUAAAUUACAGUAUAUAAUUACAUUAUAUUUAUUUUCAAAACAAAAAGUCGUUCGGGUAGCGAACAAAUUUACAUCGCUGAUCCCAAUCGCGUAAGGAAAACUAAAUAUAUUUAAUUUGUAUUAUAUCAGCAAUCGCGCGAUCUUAGAAUGCGGGUCGUGUUCGCAAUCGUGCAAGGAAAAACAUACGGUAACGGUUGAUAAAUUAAAUUUUUUGCAUGUAUUAAAUUUACAAGCGAAAUUUUUAAAAUUGGGGUUUAUAAUAUAUAAUUGUAUAUAGAAAUUCGGAUUUUUUUUCAUUCGAUGUUGGUGACACUAGAUUAGUAUAAAAUUAUUUGUCAAUAUUUGUACUUUCCAGGUUUGUACUUCUAGAUUAAUAUUUUCUAGAACUGUACAUUUCAGAUUUAUAGAUAACUGUAAAAACCUUGAAAGUACAAAUCUUGAAUACAGGGUUCUACGAUUAUCAAAAUUUGAAUAGUACAAAUUACAAACAUGGAAUGUAAAAGUCUGGAAUAAACUAAUCUUGAAAAUUAAAAUUUUACUAAUAUAGUGUCAUCAACUUUGAAUGAAAUAUCUGAAUUUCUAUAUACAAUUGUAUAUAUGUAUCUCAAUUUUGCAAAUUUUUCGCUUAUGCACCUAAUAAUCUAAUAAUAAGUACUUGUACAACUUUGGAAUGUAUAAACCUUGAAUGUACAAAUCUGGAAUGUAUAAUUCUUGAAAAUACAAAUCUGAAAAGUAUAAUUCUUGAAUCCAGAGUUUUACGGUUAUCGAAAUUUAAAUCGUACAUUUCAGACUUUUACAUUCCAAGCUAGUAUGGUUCACAUUUCGAUAACCGUAAAACUCCGAAUUCAAGAUUUGUAUUUUCAAGGUUUUUACAUUUUAAAUUUUUACAAAUUACCAAAAUUUUUGGUAUGCUACCUGGCAUAUGUAUCUUACUCAACUUCCCAUCCAUAAGAGUGGUACACCUAUUACCAGUAUCAGCUCUAUUUUUUAAAUAUUUAUUUUCCAAAUUUUUUUUCACAGAUAUUUUAUUAGACAAUUUGAGGAACAAAAUACUACAAGACUUUAGUCAAUCAUUGCAACAGAUAAAAUCACUAGAACAUCUUCAACAAAUAAGUAAAAAUUUGAUUGUACCCAUUAAUUAAUCUAAAAUAUAAAAUGUAAUUGGAAAAAGGUUAAAUAAAACUAUAAAAUUAAACUUUUGAUGUAACUAAAUUGAAUUUACAUUCCAAU